UCAUCUGACAAAUCAAAUCAUCGGGGAGCAGCUGCUGUUUACACUUUGAUCUUCAUCAGUCCUCGACCAGAAGCUCACUCUCUGUAUCUGGACUCACACUGAAGCCUGGUCACAGCAGCCUGGUGGUCGUGACCAUGUCGAGACUCCUCACACGGAUUGCAGCACGGCGGACUCUACAGCUGAAGAGCUCAAUGAAGAUUCACAGCAAACCACCCAAAGACAAGAUUGGAGCCGGACAAAGCUUCCUGGUGAUGUCUGUGUUUGCGGUGGCCUUGCUGGCGCCAGCAGCUUGGAUCCUUCAUCACCUUCCGGAGUACCGGCAGCGAAGUUCGCGUCCGCCUCGCCAGUGACUCCUCCACGCCACCGGAGGCAUCAGAAUCGUUCCCUAAUUGUGUUGCCAUGGAGACGUGGAAACACAAACAGGAAAGCUGUGAUAUCAGAGCACACAGGAAGUUUAUGCAACUGAGUGCAUGCACGACUUGCGCUGUGGGAAUCGGUUGUCAGGGGAAACAAGACGACUUGUGACAUGGAUGAACGGUGGAAGUCCACGGAACAGAACUCAAUUCUUUUAUUGGAAUGAAGUCUGAAUAAACA